CGGCUUCUUUAAAGUGGUCACACUAUCGUAGCACUCGAUGUUUUUUUCAGUUAAAUAUUCGAUUAAGUCGAUAGACAAUAACUCUUUUUCAAAUCCUCUGAAGGAAUAACUAACUAAUUGCGCUAAAGACCGGAGAGCAAGAGAAGCAACAUGAGUAUGAGCGACGACGACCGAGACAUAGACAUCGAGAGUGACGACGAUGCGGACUCGGAUAAUGGUUUGGGCUCCUCCCGUCACACGAGCACUGCGAAUUUCACCCAGGCCGAGAAGCGUGCGCAUCACAAUGCCUUGGAGCGAAGGCGACGGGAUCACAUCAAGGAGAGCUUUACGAACCUGCGAGAGGCUGUUCCCACACUCAAGGGCGAGAAGGCGAGUCGAGCUCAGAUCCUGAAAAAGACCACUGAAUGCAUACAGACGAUGAGGCGGAAGAUUAGUGAUAACCAGAAGGACAUUGAGGAGAUCAAGAAGCAGAACAUCAUUCUAGAUCAGCAGAUUCGAGCCCUGGAGAGUCCGAAUGGUGAUCCCUACGCGGAAUUUCUCAGCGACGAUGAAUUGGGAAGCGAGGAGGCCGACGACGAUGACCUUGAUCAGCCAGACUUCAGCAGACGCAAUAAAAAGAUGAAGACCUUCCACGCAUAGCCGCUUUGCCAGUCUGAAACGCUCCGGUUUUCUCAUUCACCGAAGUUUAGGAUACUUUCGUCGACUUAGGUUUACCUCAGAGUUGUGUUAUCAAAAAGCAAUAGCCCCCAAUAGUUAAGAAAAAAUCGGUUCCAAUUUCAAAUAAUUUUAAAUUUGAUCAAAUUACGAGAAAAUUAAAGUUGCAACAAGUCCGAUAAUCAUAAUCAUUAUUAGCUGUAAGUGCAUAAUGUAACCCACCCAACGACCUUAAUUUUUACGCGUGUGAUUUUUUUUACUUUGAGCAAAUUAACACUUCCGCGCUUAACAAUAAAAUAUGUAAUUAAAUAUUUUAGAAUACAAAA